GUCGGGGGAUGCUGUCCGGUUCUUUGCCAGUUUACGUGUGGAAGAGGCUUAGUACCCAGGUCCUUGUUUCUGAAGACCGCACUGUCUCCGGUGCAGAAACGCCCCGUGCAGAUCGCAGGGUGAACCUGUGCGCCAGCCCGACGGUCUGACUCUGUUUGCAGGACCCUGGCCUGGUCAUCCUGGUGCCUACGCAGAGCUAUCUCACCGUGCCUCGCUGUUGGCUUUCGGGCACAGAGCGGAAACGUGUGGAUCGUUUCCCGGCCAGUGCCCUCAUGAGAUAUUACUGCUGUGGAACCCUACUAAUAUUGGAUCAGAAUGAAACUGGGCUUGCCAUUUUUAGAAGCUUUGACUGGAAUGAUGGCCUGUUUGAUGUGACCUGGAGUGAGAACAAUGAACAUGUCCUUGUCACCUGUGGUGGUGACGGCUCACUGCAGCUCUGGGACACUGCCAAAGCCACAGGGCCACUACAAGUCUAUAAAGAACACGCUCAGGAGGUGUAUAGUGUUGAUUGGAGCCAAACCAGAGGUGAACAGCUUGUGGUGUCUGGCUCAUGGGAUCAGACUGUCAAAGUGUGGGAUCCAACUGUUGGAAAGUCACUGUGCACCUUUAGAGGCCACGAGAGUGUCAUUUAUAGCACAAUCUGGUCUCCCCAUAUGCCUGGUUGUUUUGCUUCAGCCUCAGGUGAUCAGACUCUGAGAAUUUGGGAUAUGAAGGCAACCGGAGUCAGAAUUGUGAUUCCAGCACAUCAGGCAGAAGUUUUGAGUUGUGACUGGUGUAAAUACAAUGAGAAUUUGCUGGUGACAGGAGCAGUUGAUUGUAGUUUGAGAGGAUGGGACUUAAGGAAUGUACGACAGCCAGUGUUUGAACUUCUUGGUCACACCUAUGCUAUUAGGAGAGUGAAAUUUUCACCAUUUCAUGCUUCAGUGCUGGCAUCUUGCUCCUAUGAUUUUACUGUAAGAAAGUCAUCCUGCAUCCCUGAGGAUUGCAGCCUUCAGCACUCUCAGAGCAAGCCUUCCAUCAGCCUAAUGGUUUUCUUUCAUUUGUUGAAGUACUCUAAGCUUUAUGAUUCUGGAACUUUUCAAAGCCUGACCCUCUUCUUGAAACAGUGGAGCAUCAUACAGAGUUUACUUGUGGUUUAGAUUUUAGUCUUCAGAGCCCCACACAGGUGGCUGACUGUUCUUGGGAUGAAACAAUAAAGAUAUAUGAUCCUACUUGUCUUACUGUUAUUCCUGCUUGAGAUCUACUCCUCUGCUCAGAAACAAGGAUGUUGGCUGAAGAAUUACUUACAAGCCAAUAAAUCCACUGUUGAAAAAGUAGUCAUUAUGCUUUUAUAUGCUAUUAAGAUUUCAAAUUCUUCAGAUUUACCCUGGAAUCAGUUUUGAGGCAGCUGAUAAUAAAGACUUUGGCUCAUUCUGUAAGCCCGGUACAUAAGCCAUAUUUCUUAAAAUCCUAAGACAUAAUUGAUAUUUUGGUGUAUCUUCUACCUAUUAAAAUAUAAUCUCUGUAUUGUAUAAUGGAUUAACAUAUGAGAGACUAUAUGGAGAGUCAUAUGUUUCAUUUUUGUCCUUUUUAUGUAAAAUUUCAUCACUACUGUUGAUAAAAAUUAAAUAAACUGCAUGUCUUGAA